AUGUCGCUCUUCCAAGUCUGCGUGGUCGGAACCUUCUCUCUCGUUCUGUACAAGGCCAUCCAUGUGCUACUGCGGGAACAGCAGGGAAUCGAUCUCGAUGGACCCGACAGGGGUCAUUGGCUGCUAGGCAACGUCAACAGGCUGUUUGAAGAUGGGAUCGAAUAUUGCGUGGGCAUUGUAGAUAGAUAUGGUGGGGCCGUCAGGCUCCACGGACCAUACGGCGAACUUGUCUAUCUUGCCGACCCACGCGCAUUAUAUCACAUGGUUGUCAAAGACCAGCACAUGUUUGAAGAGACUGAGGAUUUCAUUAUGUCGAACAAACUCUUAUUUGGCGAUGGCCUGGUAGGCACUGUCGGAGAACAGCACCGCCGGCAACGCAAACUUCUCAACCCCCUCUUUUCAACGAUAAACAUGCGACGCCUCCUGCCCACACUGCACCCAAUCGCUGAGAGACUGACAUCCACCCUCGCAGCCAAACUCCCCGCUGACGGCUGUACCACAAAAAGAAAUCGACUGUUCUCCCAUGGCUCUCCCGCUGCGCGCUCGACGGCAUUUGUCAAUGCAUCCUUGGGUAUCCCUCCAACAGCCUCUCAGCAGCAGAUGAUGAUGCGCCUCUGUACUCAAAACUCCACCUUGUUACGACGGUUCGUGGUGCUCGUCAAUCGCUACUGCUCGCCAUACUGGGCAAGGAGAGUCCUUGAUUUGGUCACAGCACCCUGGAUCCCGACGCAGUUUAUGAAGCACGCGUUUGCGGAGAAGAAAUCGGACGUGGAAGCUGAGGAUAUGUCAUGUGAAGACAGUCGUUCGCCACCGUCGAUGAUGAAUAUCAUGCUAAAGGCCAAUUCCAUGUCAUCCAAAGCAAACCAGCUGACGGAUGCUGAGAUGUUUGGGCAAAUGAACUCCAUGGUAUUUGCUGGCCUCGACACGACCUACUGCCGCACUUCGUACGCUGCAUCCACCUGCUUGCCUAUGAACCCCCACAUUCAAGCAAGGCUCAGAAGCGAAAUACGCGAUGCCAUGAAAUCUUCGAUGCAUCAGGACGACGACGACACCACAUCCGCUAGACUGCCCUACGACGUCCUCAACAACCUCCCGUUCCUCGAUGGCGUCAUCAAGGAGACUCUCCGUCUCUACCCCUCCUUCCCAAUUAUGCUCCGAAAAACAACCGAAACAACAUCGCUCCCUCUACGAUUCCCCGUGCGCACACGGGCCGGUGUAGAAACGUCCACCGUGACGAUGCCGCAGGGUAGCCAUGCAAUCAUCUCCAUCCUCGCUGCGAACCGCCAUAAAGAGAUAUGGGGUCCCGACGCGAAUGAGUGGAUCCCUGAGCGGUGGCUUGCAGAGGAGCAAGGACAGUCUGCACCUACCCUAGGCGUCAAGGACGGCGUGCGGUUCCCUGCUGUGUACUCCAACAUUGCACAGGAUGACAGUUCCUCAGCGGCAACCGCUCCUGCCGGGUUCAAAUUCGCCGAAAUUGAAAUUAAAAAAGUCGUCGCGACACUCAUUGUGCGUCUGCACUUCGCGCUCCCGACAGACAAGGAGAUACAGUGGAAGCUCUGGGUGUUCCAUGUCCCUGUUGUCAAGCCCCCCGCUGGGGAUGGCGUGACGCCGCAGGUGCCGCUGACUGUGCGCCUGGCGAGGGAGGAUGAUUUCAGGUGGUAG